AUGUCGAGUGACAAUAAGAACGACAAGACAAAGAACGAUAAGAGAAAGCGAGACGGAUCUAUAGGCGACCAAGAUGAUUUUCCCUCUCCUAAGCGUGUACAGUACGACGAGAUGCGCGAGCAAAUGAGAGCAUUACAAGGACAAAUGCAACACCUAGUGAAUUUGCAUUUUCAGAGGGACGAGGACACACAAUCGACCGCGGAAGAACCUCCACUAAGUGACAUCCUAGAGCUGGGUAAACACAAGGCUGAGGUUAACGCCAAGAAGAAGGUAGUUCAGGCUGAUCCGACAAAACUACAGACCUUAUCAGGGCUUCAGAGGUUUGAGAUGGAUGAUUGGAAAGACAUUAGGUAUGGCGAUACUCCUAGAGAAUUUUCAGCCUCACCGGGAUUCACAGAGCUCAAGGUCAACGAAGAGCUCUGCUACCUAGACAAAGGUAAGGACUAUCAACAGUCAACCGAUCGGUUGCUAGCAGGUCUAGCUAACGCAGUAUUGACGCAGGACAUAAUCGAAUGGGCUAACCAGUAUCCAGAUGGUAUAGGUUCUCAAGAUUUAAUAAACAUGUUUAUCCUAAACUUUGGGGAAAAAUCGAAAACCUUCCGUAAUUCUGAAAAGAUGUUACAGAUAAUUUGCGGAAAGAGGGCCUCUUAUAUUGAAGCGAGAUGAGAGAGGAUAAUUAAUGAGGCACCGAAUAAACAGGUUCAAGGAGCGCUGAAGAGAAUUCCUCUUAGUCCUGAGUACCUUUUCGGUAAGGAAAAACUUUCCUCCUUAAUUACUUCUUUAGGAGUCGCGCAGAUCUGGUUGAAAAAGCCGGCGCACAGCAGUGGUAAGCAGAGCGGCUCUAACAGUUUUAGCAGGAUUCCAAGACGUGAUAACUCCUACACACUGAGAGCUUCUCAAACAUCAACUAGUAGACUUGACCAGGCCAGGCCACAGUACAGAAAAAUAUUCACCAAGAAGGAUUCAGCCAAGCUUACGCAGUCGAAUACAUUUCGUAAGAAAGACAGCAGGUGACUAUAUGGCAGCAAGACAAUUCUCAGAGGGCUAGCUAGCCGAAAUUGCGGAGGAAUGGGAGAGUCAGGAUGCUCCACAGGUAAUAUUAAAUAUUAUAGCAAAUUUCCGAAUCUCAUUUGCAGAAAAACCAAUUCUGUCCAACAAUUGGAGAGACUCUCGAUGCGAAACGCCAUUCUCAAACCAGAUGGCUGAUCAGAUAGAACUUUUAUUACGACAGGGUGUCUUGGAGAAGGUCCCAUACCUGGGACCAAGCUUCGUUUCGAAAAUGUUCUUGGUGAAGAAGAGCCAUGGAGGCUGGCGUCCUAUCUUCGACCUUCGGAACCUAAACAGGUAUGUAGAGGUGAAGGAAUUUCAGCUAAUUUCCCACUCAAAGAAUUCAGAUUUUCUACAAUUGAGAGACUGGCUAGUGCGAAUAGACAUGUCACAAACACACUUCCACAUUCAAGUGGCCGGAGCACACCGCCGCUUCCUCCUACGCCUUCACUUCAGAGGAGAGCUCCUACAGAUGACGUGCAUGCCAUUCGGCCUCUCAUCUGCCCCGUACGUGUUUGCCUCGGUGCCCAACUGGGUAGCAGAGCUACUGCGCUCAAAAGGCAUAAGAGUGGCAGUGUACCUGGACGAUUUUCUGGUUGGCAGAUCAACUGGGACAAAAGCAUCUUAAAGCCUUGCCAGGAGUCAGAUUUCCUGGGAAUAGCAUGGAACACGCAGACCGGUGUGAUAAGGCUUCCAUCCAAGGCCAGAAACAUCCAAACCCUGGUCCAGGAAGUUGUAAAGGAUCAAAGUUGUACCUUAAAGAAGGCUCAGAGUCUUCUGGGACACUUGAACUUUGCGAGCUUCGUAAUUCCAAGCGGCCAGCUCCAUUGCCGUCAUCUCCAACGGUUCUCGACUCAUUCAGUCAGAACCGCCCUCGACAGAGGCUUCGAAUAAA